CGCGCACGGGCCGGUGGCGCGCGCCGAGCGGGGGGCACCGCGCUGGUGCAGCCACGAUGGAAGGGGGUGCGUACGGGGCGGGCAAAGCUGGGGGCGCCUUCGACCCCUACACCCUGAUCCGGCAGCCUCACACCAUCCUGCGCGUCGUGUCUUGGGUCUUCUCCAUUGUGGUCUUUGGCUCCAUCGUGAACGAGGGCUACCUCAACAGUGUCUCGAAGGGCGAGGAGUUCUGCAUCUACAACCGCAACCCGAGCGCCUGCAGCUAUGGAGUAACAGUGGGUGUGCUGGCCUUCCUCACCUGCGUGCUCUACCUGGCCCUGGACAUGUACUUCCCGCAGAUCAGCAGUGUCAAGGACCGCAAGAAGGCUGUGCUGUCUGACAUCGGCGUUUCAGCCUUCUGGGCCUUCCUCUGGUUCGUGGGCUUCUGUUACCUGGCCAACCAGUGGCAGGUCUCCAAGCCCGAGGACAACCCGCUGAACGAAAGGACGGAUGCGGCCCGUGCUGCCAUUGCUUUCUCCUUCUUCUCCAUCUUCACUUGGGCGGGCCAGGCCGUGCUGGCCUUCCAGCGGUAUCAGAUUGGCGCCGACUCGGCCCUCUUCUCCCAGGACUACAUGGACCCCAGCCAGGACUCCAGCAUGCCUUACGUCCCCUACGUGGAGCCCAGCUCUGGGCCGGACCCCGCCGGCAUGGGCGGCACCUACCAGCAGCCAGCCAACGCCUUCGACCCCGAGCCCCAGGGUUACCAGUCACAGGGCUACUGAGCCGCAGUGACCUCCUGCUGCUGCCUGCCCCUGCCCUACCCACCCUGGAUCCCCUCCCUCACACCCAGCACCCUGCCGCCCUGCCCAGCAUCUCCUCAGUCUCAGAGUUAUCCCAUCCGCUGAGUUCUGGGAGGGUCUGGGGGGUGGGUGGAGGCAGAAGGCAUGGGGA